AAUAUUUAUUUCCAUCAUUUUCGUGGUCGAUAUCCCAUGCGCUAGAAUAUUUAAUGUGUUCGAAGAGCAUGCUUUUUUACUCUAAACUCUUGCCGUUAACUUGUUCUUUGUACUACGUUGCCUUGCAAUUCAGCAUCGUGAAAAGAAAAAAGUUGAAUGUCCAUAAUUCCGUGCUCAAAAGUAGGUAUGAAGAUGAAGAAAAAUGCCUUGAUAAAGCUCAACCAUAUGUACUGAUUUCGUUUUCGUACAUAGUCGUUCUACUCGCUUUGUUUGCCGUUUUAAUACCAUUAAUUGGUUAGCCAUACGUUAAUAUUGGAAAUAAAUACAAAAUUAGAGCCGUUACAUGUUUGGUCACUAUCCAAAUUUGGUUUAUGGUAACAUUUAUUCAUAUUGCCUCUAUGUUUACUAUAAGCACGCUCACUGUAUUAGUCGUAUCAAAAAGAUUAUCUAAAAUCUCCUCAGAAUUACAAAUCGUAAAUAAUGCGACAAAAUAUUACCUCCAAAAUCUAAUUGAAAAAUUUAUGGAACUAUGGGAAAUUUUUCAACAAGUAAACGAAAAAUGGGAGCUUCUUUUGCCUCUCAUUUAAACACAUUUUGUAUACGAAACCUGCUUUAUUUGGUACGGAGUCCUUUUUGCUAAGACGAAUCUUAUCGUUCGCCUAUUUAUGGCUAUAAUUGCAUUACAAUUAUUAAGUUUAAGUCUAUUAGCCUGCUGGGUAGCGUCGACUUUAACAUCGAUCAUAUACGACAAUAAUUUCAUCUCUGUCGAAAAAUAUUUCUCUGCUCCUCUGACCUUAACAUACAAGUUAAAGGUCGUUUGCUUUAUGAAGAUAUUUGGAGGAUUACCCAUUGGAAUAUCCAUUGGGGAAUUUUUCUUCGUGAAAAAGAACUUCUUGAUUCGGGCAGCCAAUGGUUUUCAUUCUGUCUUCUCUACUUUAAUUGAAGUAACAGGAGUGCUUGACAAAAAUAGAUGCACUUCAAAACUGUAUGCAGCUACCCAUAGCAAUGACACAAUUAUUUAGAAGUCACGUUUCAUAGAAGAUUGGAUCAAAUAUAUAUAUUCGUGUACCCAAGGCCUUUCAGAAAAAAUGCCAGGCCCGGGGCAACUAAUAUUUUAGAGGCCCUUCAAAAUUUAAAAUAAAGUUGUGGACAAGAAAAUAAAGUCAAUGGUAUUUAAUUUAAUAUUUUUCGGAUUAUCACAUUUAAUUAUUUUACAGAAGUUUUUUUUUUCUCGUACAGAAAUUUAGAAUUUAAUUUUAUAAAUGUUAAAAUUUAGUAGAUCACUUUUUGCCUUCUAUAUAUUCUGUCUAACAUAUUGAGUUGCCAAAUUGAGGCCCCUAAAAUUGCGAGGCCCGGGGCAGCUGCCUUUCAUGAUUGGUACUGCGUGAACCCUAUAUAAACACAAGAAAUUUUCUUAUUCAUAUCAGUAGCACUUAAUUAACUUAAAGAGUUUCUUUUAGGAAGUGUAUAAUGGAUUAACUGAAAUGUUUAAAAUCAAUAAUUGCCGUAUUAGUUGUGCAAAAUUAACGUAAAUUUGCAUC